CUGUCGUCUGCCAGUUCGAAGGGAUGGACCAACUUCCAGUCUCUGUGGGGGGAGCCUAAGACCACCUUGUCAUCGGUGGACACCAGUCCGGGGGAGAAAUCCUCUCUGCUCACAGACAAUGCAUCUCCACAGAGAGAUCCAAGUAAAAAUCGUCUUUUGUCGGAUGAGGAUUCGUGGGACAGCUGGGAAGGUGACUGGCAGGACGGCAAGAAAAAACAGAAGAAAUUACAAUCCGGCGAUUACAACGAUCAGAGUUUUUCGGAGGACAGGAAUACGGAAGAGGAUGAAUUCGAAGCAUGGCUUAAUGAUGAGAAGCCCCUUCAAUCAAAGUCCUCAAAACCCAAAAAGGAUGAGAGUGAGUGGGACAACUGGGGCGAAUCAGACAAUAAAGUAAAUAAAAGUAAAAAGUCUAGUCCUAAAAACCAAAGUAAAAAGUCUUCCAAGACAGCCAGCAAGAGUAAUGAAGGCUGGGACGAUGCAGACUGGGGUGACGGGUUCUCCUCCCCCAAGAAGCAGAAGGAGCCACUGGUUGGAAACCUUGUAGACCUCGGAGAGGACACUCCCUCACAAACCAAUGGAAAUUCAGGUUGGGACAAUGAAGUCUGGGCUAACGAUGACGACAUGGAUGAGUGGCAGAGUCUAGAUUUGGGCACAACAGAUUCUAGUAAACGGAAAUAAGUCGGUUAACCUGUUAAAGCUUCAUUGAGUAACGUUGGAUCAGUAGACAUGUACAAAUUUGACUGGGUUUAUGAUGUGUUCAGUGUAUAUGCCAAAAGUUGAAUGUGAUAAAGAGUAUUGUUAUUGCUUUGUGCGAAUGAUGUGUUGUGUAAAAGUGGAAACAAACUGAACAUGGGGGCCAAUAUGUUGUUGGAAGGGAUGGAUAUUGUUUAAGAUGGCUUGCUGUGGUAAAUAUAGGACAGUUUAGCAACGUGAUAACAUUACGUAUGUUUUCAGUCUGUAACGUUUCUUGUCGGUGUUGUGUAUUAAAUCCCUUUCUAAGCUACGAAAUGGUAUCUUGUCUCUACUUAAAAGAGAGAGAAAACAAUAGUAUUUUUCUUUUGAUAAAACACUUUUUUCAACAUUGGUUAGUGACAUAAAGUGACGCAGACCUGGGAUCCUACUGUUUAUUCCACCCCAGAACCUGUUCAUAUUUCACCCCAGAAAGACAGGAUAGCUAUCAUCAUAGAAUAUCAUUUCAUGCAUUAUUUUCGAAGAUCAUCACACAGCAUAUGUAUAGCAUCGCUGAUAUAUUCUUCUUUGUCAUAUUAGGAAGUUAUUUAUCUCACCAUUGGUUGAUCUUGGGAGGGUACAGGUGACUUUUGGGCUCAUCACUUAUUUUUGAAGCAAAGAUUGGAUAUUAUGUCAAAUUGAGAACCCAGAAGUUCCCGUUUCUUGGUUUGAAUCUCAGUCACUUGUUCGAACCCCUCCAUUAGUCCGAACACUGUGUCUGCCACUGAUUUUUAAUUCAACAUCAUAAAAAUAUUAUUAAAUUUUAAUUAAAACAGAAUCCACAUAUAUUUUUUCGGCUAAGUCUUUUAUGGAAAUUUCAUUUGUAUGAUAUCAUCAAAAAUACUGUGGAUUACUUAUAAUAAUAUUUGUUUUAUCAACUGAUCUUCCAUUGCUUACUUGUGAGGUCAUCAUUUUGCAUUUCACUCAACACGUAUUUCUUAUAUUGGGUAUAAAUAGUCUACAGUAUUACAUUAAAGAAAG